AUGGCUCCCAAGGUCUUCAUCACAGGCAUCACUGGCUACAUUGGCGGAGACGCCUUGUAUGCUCUUCACAAGGCUCACCCUGACUGGUCCUACACUGCUUUGGUCAGAACCAAGGACAAGGGAGCCAAGGUCCAGCAGGCUUAUUCCAACGUCGACAUCGUCUACGGCGACCUUGACAGCUAUGAUCUGAUCAAGGGAGAGGCGUCAAAGGCUGACAUUGUAAUUCACACCGCGGAUGCCUCCGAUCACGAGCCUGCCGCAAAGGCCAUUGCUGAAGGCCUUGCCAGCGCCCAUUCCAAGCAUCACCCGGGCUACUGGCUGCACGUCAGUGGAACUGGCAUUCUCUGCUUUGCCGAUGCCGACGCCGGCAGGCUUGGCGAGGCCUCCGACAAGGUUUAUGACGAUCUCGAUGGAGUCGAGGAGCUUACCCAUCUCCCGGAUCAUGCCUUCCACCGAAAUGUCGACAAAAUUGUGCUGGAAGCUGGAACUAAGAAUGCAGACUCCGUGAAGACGGCUGUUCUCUGCCCCCCGACCAUUUACGGUCCCGGAAGAGGCCCCGUUUCCGGACGCAGCCGUCAGGUGUACGAACUGGCCAAGAUCACCCUCCAGCAGAAGAAGGGUCCCAUCAUUGGCGCCGGCAAGACAUACUGGGACAACGUUCAUGUUCACGAUUUGAGCGACCUUUUCGUUCUCCUGGCCGAGGCAGCUGCCACAGGUCAUAAGGACGACAAGGAGCUGUGGGGCGAGAAGGGCUACUUCCUCGUUCAAAACGGUGAGCACGUCUGGGGGGAAGUGUCCAAGCAGAUCACCGCCGAGGCCGCCAAGGAAGGCUACAUUCCCAAGAACGAGACUUUCAGUCUCAACAAGGAUGAGGCGUUCAAGCUGGCCGGUUUCGAGGCUCUGAGCUGGGGUCUGAACUCUAGAGGAAAGGCGAGGAGGGCCAGGAAGUUCCUCGGCUGGAGCCCGAAGGCGCCGAGUCUCGAGCAAGAGCUGCCGAGCAUCGUGAAGUCGGAGUACGAGCAGCUUCAGAAAGCUUGA